AUGCACGGCUUGUCACUGUCCGUCAAAACUAUAAGUAAUCUGAUCAGAGUACUGCCUGUUGGAUUUCUUACUCUAUUCUCCACAGAUGCCAGUUGCACUGUGGUGGACUAUGGACAAAAGCCUUCACUUGGCAAUCCUUCAGAAAAACAGCUCCAAAGUACUUCCACUGACAACACCUCAGCCAGUUCAAUUUACAAGCCCAGAGUUUUCAAGGACAAGGAUGACAGAUGUUUUACUACCUUUAUGAAUCAUCCUGAAAUCUCUGAAAUAAUCAAUGAGUACUUUGAAAGAAUGAAUCUUGCCCAACACAAUGAGUAUCCAAGUAUUAAACAUGAGAUUUAU